UUUAUUUUGGCCAGUAAUUUCUUCAAUCCACAUUUUAAGGUAUGUUGGACCUAAUUGCAUUGUCUGAACUAAAAAAAGCAAAGCCUAACAUAGAUACAGAAUGAGACAAAUGAAUUAUUCCAAAGUCUCAACAAUAAUCCAAAUUGUUUAUUUGUUUGCAUAAACUGCAGUCCUUUUUUCACUGUUAAUUCCAGUUUUUAGGCUUGUAUUACAGUGGUUUACUGAAUAAAUUCAAUUUUUCAUACCUUGUUUUUAUUUAUGUGUGUAGGCUUUAAAUUAUGCACGAUUGAAAGAGAUUGAUUUUGAGAGAGCACGAAAAGAUUAUUCUGCUGCUUUGAACCAAUUUAAUUUAUACCGUCAAGAUUAUUACUUUCGUUGUUUACCAUCAUGGGCACAAGUUGGCAAAAGUUUAGAAGUUGAAAGAUAUGCACGUACCCAAUCUUUAAUCAAUAUAUUAUAUGAACGGUUACGAGUGGCAAUUGAUCGUAUGAACAAUGUAUGCGAUGAAUUCAAAUCAGUGUGUACACAUCUUAAUUCAGAUCAAGUAAGUAUCCAUCCUGACAGGAUUGCUUUGAUAUGGCCAUUUUUGUAACAAGCUUUUUCGAAUGUAUGAUUUGUUGCCUUUCGUUUCAGAUUUCAACGCAGAAUCCAUUGAGCUACGGAGUCCUGUUAUCCCUUUAAGAUAAAGAUUUUUCUUUCUUGAAGGUACAUUUAUCUGAAAACAGUGAAGUGAGAUGAAUUUCUCCGAAUAAUCGUACAAUAUAGUGUUCCUGUGUUUUUAUUGUUUUCCGAGUGGUGAUUUGUUAUCAGUCGAGAAAAUUGAAGAUGGAUAGUUGUUCCUCUCGGUUAUUUUCAGCUCCACCGUUUGAUGUCCGGUGAUUAAUAUCAGUUUCACUCUGCAUUCGGGUACUAUGAUUCCCUUACAGGAUAGCAAAAAAGUAAAGUUGACUGAUAAAAGUAGCACUUAUGGAUCAUAUGCAUUUACAAAACCAGUUAAAAAAUUAAUGGGCAUUUGACUUUUGAUUGUUUGGGCAAUCCACACAUUCUUUUUGGCUGCUCACACACACAACUUAAAUUACAAGCUUAGGAAGUCCCAUGACUAGACAGAAUCAAUUAUAUAUGGUGUAAUACUAAGUUCAAGAUUUGCGGGAAGCUAGAAAAUAAAUGUAUUUACACCUCUGCAAUCGAUUUUAGACCAAUAUCACAUAAGGUCUUUAAGCAUAAAUUGCAGUUGUCUAGCGGAAGAACACUAGGAGAUUUGAAUCUUCUGACAUUCAGAUCACUUAUGAUCGGAUUCUCUUUUGUCUGGUUAAUUUAGUUAUUUUUCUGUUCUUUGUUUUUUGUAGUUGUCUAACACAAAGUCGAAUUGAUGAACGCUCACUACGUUCACAACAAUAAUAACAGUAUUAGUGAUAGUAAUAAUAUUAAUAUUUGUAUCUUAAAGUUUGGUCAUGUACUUAAUUUUAUUUUUAAUGCAAACUAGGAUUCUAAAGAAAUUAUAGAAUAUUUACAAAGUAAUAAUCCACCGCCUGGGGAUAUUGCUUUUGUGGAUCUAUAUUCAUCUGCAGUGAAUAAUAGUACUAUACCAUCAACCGUUAAACAGUCAACAUAUGCAAAACCACAAAGAACUAAUUCAAGUGAACCAAUUUAUUCAUCGGGUAGUGUUGUUCUUCCAUCGAAUUUUCACUGUUCCGUAUGGGCAGCAGAUAACGCAGCAUUGGAAUCGAGUAAACAAUGUGGUGGUAACAAUAAUAAUGAUAAUAAUAAUUAUGUACCAUCAUCUUCCACUUCCAUUGGAGACUCAAUCUAUGGUGAAUCCGCUUCCAUAUACUCUGCAUCUUAUGCUUCAACAACAUCAACUAAUGGUUUACACAAUGGUGGAGUAGGCGUUGGUAGUAACUGUAGCCGUCGUCCAAGUGUUAGUGAUAAUUAUAGUGCGUCAAAUCUACGCAAUCCUUCUAUGCCUAUAAAUGGUGCAGGGUUUUUGCGGAGAAUUUUUUCACGACGUAGUAGGCACAAUUCAUUGAAUGUAAAUUGUGAAGCUAAUUCUGAUGGAGAUGGUGUUGUAUCAGGUUGGUCGAAUCCAUUUUUUGAACCUGUUGUUCCAUGGCGUAGAAGUUCACGUCAGUAUCAACAUAAAACACGUCGGAUUCAUAGUUUUCGUAAGAAAUUUUCCUCUCGUCAUCAGCGAACAACUGAUUACAACAACAAUGAUAAUUAUAAUGAUGAGAGAAUCUGUAUCAAGAGUCCAUUGGAUAUUAGAACUUCACAGAGUACCGGAGAUCUGGUAUUGUUCAUAUUAGAUGUGUUUCUGUGUUCAUUGUUUGGCGGGUUUCAUCUCUUUUUUUAUUUCACCUCAUUUUCCGACCACUGAAUGUUUCACAUUUCCAUGCCUUCUAUCACAUACGCAUUAUACAUCUUUGAUUUUUUACUCUUUAAUAAUCUUCAUAUCCGUGUUUAUGGCUUAGUGUUUUGUGCGUAGUUUGUUAUCUGUCUAAAUUUUGCUUGUUUGUUUGUUUCCAUCAUUAUUAAGCACAGAUACACAAGCAAAUGUAGUUUGAUUACAAUCAUGAUUGUUGAUAAUUCUUCUCAUGGUUUAUGUGUCCUGGUUAUUUUUUCAUAUAUUAAACAUACACGUCUACUAUUUGGUAGACAAAUAUAAUGAGUGCACACAAGGUUACUGCUAUUUAUAGUAUUUAACUAUCAUGAUUUGCUUGUCAUGGUACUUAAGAUAAUGUAAGUUCAAUCUUGUAUAAAGUUGUAAAUAUGUCUUUCUGGAAAGUGCUCAAUUUGAAUGAAGUGGCUAUCAUUUACUUCCUUCAGUUCUAGCAUUUCUCCAGUUGACAUCAGUUUAUGAUGUAAAUUAUCUACUGUAUAUUCAACAGCUAAUUAUAUUUUAGCAUAAAUUUUAACUCGUGUUCUUAUUUCUUGCUUCCGCUUUUAUGUCUUAGAGCGUUGUGAAUUUAAAAACAGUAGCGGAUUUAUGCGAACCAGCUCGAACCAAACAUCAGAAAGCAAAUAAUCAAGUCACGUGGUAAAUAAUAUUUUUUUGUUUGUGUUCAAAAAGUUUUUCUUUGAGUACUCUCGUUUCUAUUUGAAUGUUAAUCAUUUACUUCGAAUUAUAUAUUUUGUGUGUUGGACAAGUGAUAAGUGUACAGUUUAGUUAUCCUUUUUUCAUUGUACUAAUUUGUUGAAGAUAAUAUGAUAUAUAUAUAUAUAUAUAUAUAUAUAUUGACCAGAUUAUUACAUGAUCUUUAAAAAGUAAAGUAAUAAAUUGAAUCACCGAAUCUAAGAACCAAUGGAGCCUAAUCAAUCAUUUCGACAUUUCGUUGUCAGACCUGGUUUGGUUGUAGUGGACGCUACUCACAAGAUUAUUUGUAAGUAGUGUGUUGUGAAACGUGACUUAGAAGUUGCUACAAUUGUCGGAUGAAGUAAAGAGUUCCAGUAAAUCGAAAGUACGGAGUUGGCAGAACACACUGAUAGAUUAGUUAUUUCAAUAUUCUCUGUAAGCAGAUAAAUCUUACUAUUGCAGCUGGUACACCUUAAAUGGACACACACACACAUACACAGGAAGGCGCACAAAGUUAAUACUAUUAUUACCAACAAUAAUUUACUGAGAGAAUAAAUCUGUUAACGAUUUUGUAGGAAUGGUCAUUUUCUGUUUUUCUCUUCACAUUAGUGCACUUUCGAUAAAUCUCUAAAAUAUAAUGAGUUAGUUUUUCUUAAACAAAUUGUAUUCACUUAUAUUUCUCAUUGGACUAAAGAAACAACAUUAUUAAUUACUACAGUUAAUUUUUAUUUCUUCAAAUCCACAAUAGAAAAAGAACAAAUGAAAGCACGAUUGAUUAGUUAUUAAUAUAGUGUAGAAUAAAGAAUGAUAUAUGUAUUUCCGAAUAAAAUAAGUGGCGAAAUCUCAAUCCGAAGAUGCGAAGUUCUCCGUUGUGUUUACUGAACAAGUAUAGACUUGAACAGAUUUGACUAACAAAUGCCAACUAGUACGAAAUCCUACGUCUAAGCAGUAAUAUGGUUUAGCUCUAACCAUCUGAUAUCAAAAUAGAUUAGCGUUGUUACAAAUGCGUGAUUGACCGAUAAAACUGCUCAAAUGGCUGAAGUAAACAAAUUGUUAAUUUGCUCAUAUCAUUAAUUCCUGAUGCUCAAUCUAACUGGUUUUAAAUAACUUGUUUCAGCCAUGCUUCAUCUUGUGUGGUGGAGGUAGCUUUAAUGCACUAUAGGUCCUUGAACGUACACGGAAAAUUGUCUAUCAGCCGAUUACAUAAAUCUAUAUAUUAUUACCUAGUUGUAAAUAUACAUUCAAGUACUGAUGUUAAAACAACUCUUGCGUCGGUUAAGUUAAAUUAUUCAGCCCUUUUAGUAUUUACACUUACAAUUGGUAAUCAUCAGAACAGUUAUGUCACUGACUACGCGAAACUCACUGAUUGAAUGACAAAAUGAGUUUUUUGUCUAAACAAAGUGUCAUAUUUCAUCGCCUAGUUGAGAUCGAUAAUAUGGCUUUUCGAAAAGUGAAAUCUCCCCCACCAUGUGUUUAUAAUUAAUACGUAUGCACUUGCGUAUCAGUGUUAUACUCUAUGACAUUAUUGAAAUAUGAGAAAGAGUUUUACGAUGUUUUGCUAUUAAAUUAGGGUUUAUUUCAAAUUGCGCUGUGUAUUUUAACAAACAUGGUUGGUAGUGUAGGUUAGAAACCGAUUUUUCAGUAUUUAACUGAACAAAACGGUCCAAUUAUCAUGAUGAUCCGCACGAUUUUGUUUGUCUUAAAAAUGUAGUUUGGCUAAAUGGUCUAAAUCAAUUUGUAAAUUGGUUAAUAAUUAUUAAUGGUUGCAUUAUAUUGCUAAUUAAAAUUAGACAUGUACACCAUUGGAUAGCACCUCAGUGAUCUCGUGGUUAAGCGCGCGACACGAAACCGUAGGUCCUGGGUUCGUUCUCUGGUAAGUUGUGGAUGCGGACUACAUAGGUGUCUCAUACUAGGACUAAACAGCUAUCUGAUGCUUUCCCGUUUUCAUUGGUUAUCUAAUUGAAAUCAAUUCCUGAGAUAAAAGUAUAAUAAUUGUUGAAAAGUGCUUUUAACCAUGUCAUGCCUACUGCAUGUGCUAGGUUUGAAGCUGUUACUGGUUCACUUAGUAUGCGUCCGGAGCAAAGACUUGUGACCGUAGACCAAUAAGCUAGCUAUUUGAUGCGUCCCAGCCCCGCUAACUAGAGGAAGAAGUCCAAGCUUGGAACGGGAAAGUAUAUUCCGUAAGCCAAAAGCACGAGUGAAUAAUAACAGACACAAACGUAUUUAUACAGCAUAAAACUGUCUUUGGGAAGCGUUGCAAAAAUAGCAUACUAAAAAUACACAACGGACCAAUAGCGUUAAAGAUUCUUCCGAGUGGGAAAUACGACAUGAAGGUGAAAAAAGCGCUUUUGGCGCGAAAACAAGGUAAUUUAAAUUUCCAAAAUAAAACUACAAAAUUAAGGCAUUUACCAAGUGAGUUCUGGGAAUCUAACAUCCCCAACAGCAUGAUAGACACAGCUAUAUACUUUUAUUCAGUUUCUAAAACUGAAUACAUAUUGAACAAUUGCAAAGUAUACCUCGUUCUGUUUCACAGAGAAUGAUAAUGAUUUAUAAAGUUCAUUAUAACGUGUCUGUUAAUUACUUCAAAAAGACUAGUUGAUUAUCUUGAUUUCUAAACUCACUAUUUAACAUCCGAAACAGAAUCCGGAUCAUCAUCACCUGACUAUUAUAGUCGGCUACCUGGAAAAAGACUUUUAGAUAUUGGGUAUACGGAUAUCAUUGUCUUAAUGUGCGGUGAUUCAUACAUUAGAAUUUGCAAUUGAUCAAUUAACAAUUAGUAGUAUCCGUUAGUAUAGCAUGUAAUUUGUACCUUCUAAAUGCAAUGUACUUCUACAAGAUUGACAUAAUCCUUUAUCUCCAGUUUCUCUUGCUAGUGAGCCUUUUGAAGAAGUCAGAAAGUUUGAGUAUUCCAGUAGUAGUGUUGUGAAGGUGAACACAGGUGAAGGUAACUAAUUGUAUUUAGCACGAAAAUUACAGACUAUUUCAAUAAAAUCUGAAUACCAUAAAGUCAAUCGUCAAUUUGCAAAAUAUCAAUGCAUCAUAUCAAACUGGACUGUUUCCGUUGCAAACACUAAUCCAUUGUCUCCCAUUCCAUUGUAUAUGCGUUUUCUUACAAAUUCCAUUGUGUUCUCGCUCUUGCUUUCUUGAUCUUCACCUCAUCUUCUGCUGCCGGAUAUUACGUUUUAACUCGCGUGAUAUACUACUUACAUCAAUAUAAGUAGCACGCACCACAGUGUUAGUGCUGGUGGUUACAUGAUAAAUCAAAUCAACUUCCACAUAUUUAAAGCCAGAGCGGUUUAUGCUAAUUUGGGCUAUAUUUAGAACAUUCGUGAUGUUUGUUUGACUGUAAAAGGUUGGGUGUAUUAGAUGUCGGUGAGAGCCAUUCAGUUCAUGGCUUAUGAAACCCCUUUCUCCAAGUUGAGGCUAUUCAACAACUAUCCGUCUCUGGUCAUCGUUAUCUCUGAAGGACUGCUGUUAUUUGUUGCCAACUCUACAAUAAUAGUGUUGAGAUUCGGAAAUGUGUAUUCAGGCACAGUGAUAAUAAUUCAUUUAGUGUUAGCGUUUCAAGGAGGCUUAAGUUCAUAUCAAAUCUUUAAUAUUAAAAGUUACUCAUAGAAUCUGUUAAGAUUUAUGGUUUAUGUGAUUGGUUUCUAUUUGAUUUGAUGAGUUCAGCUAACAUCAGCUUUCAAAAUUUCUGUAGUUCUGUUUUUUUUUAAUUUACUUUUUCUAUCUAGUCUGUUUGACUCGAAAAGGAGAGCAACUCAUAAUUCUAGAAUUACUGGUAGUAUUAAUAGGUUAAGGGACAAUGCUAUUACAGAUCCUAGUGAUUUCUCUGACUCGAAUUCUGAAUUAGGAAAUAAUGGUCAUGGAAAUGACAAAAUAACUAUCAAUAAUAACACUUAUAUACGACAAUUUAGAAUUCAUUCAACCACUGACAGUGAUAAUGUAGCCUAUGCAUCAACAUCUGUCCUAAAUGGAGUACCUCAGUCUGUGGCAUCGUCAUGUCAAUCUCCUGAUGCUCCCAGCUGUGGUGCGGUUGCUGCUGUUCUUCCUGUUACAACGAUAACAACAACAACAACUCAUACUCCUUCACCAUCUCUUCAUUCUCGUUCUGACUCUCAAGCGAAAGGCUUAUCGUCUGGUCAUGAAAGGUCUUCCAUCCCUCUUUAUUAUCUUACUACAUCAGGAAAGUCAAUGGAAAAUGGUGGUUCCUCUAAACAAUUAUUAAAACAGGAUAAAUUAUUUACUGCUCCUUUAGCUGAACCAGAAACUGGUUCUAUUGUAACUCCAGUUGAAUCAUCUUCACAGUCAACGUUAACCUCAUCACGCAGUCAACUACCUGAACCAUUGAAUGGUCAAAUGCUUACUUUAAAACAAAAUUCAUUCACUAAUAGAUCUACAAUUAAUAAUAAUGAUGAUAAUAGUAAAUGUUCAACAAUAAAUGGAGAUUCUCACCAUAUUAAUUUAAAGUCUAAUCACAAUAAUAACACAAUCUAUUCUCAAAUGAAUUCAUCUUAUAAUCAUUUCGAAUUAAAAAAUUCUGAUCAAGUUUUAUAUAAUCAUAAUAAAAAUCUCUUAAAAAAACAUGAACAGCAAGGACUUUGGUACUCACAACUACAAAAGUGUCAACAACAGGACCAGUCAUUACGUCAUCACUUCAAACACGAACAACAAGUAACUGAAGACAUAGUCGAUAAUAUUGAUUCCACUUGUUCAAUAUCCUCUAGUUCUUAUCACAAACAAGAUGAUAAUAAUAAUAGUAAUAGACAGUCAAAAGAAUCACAGAUCGUUGCUAUUGGUGAUUGCAAUGCCUUGUAUCCAUUUACAGGCGAUGGUUUUGAAUCGUGUUACUUAGCAUUUGAGGCUGAUGAGCAAUUUUAUAUUUUGGCAACUGAUCCAACGGAAGAUACUACUGAUUGGCUUCAUGUAUGUCGUAAACAGCGGAUACAUGAAAUUGGUUAUGUUCCUACAGCAUAUGUUCAAAAAAAUCUUUAUUUUCAACCAGUUUUAUUGCCGAAAUCAGAAUAUGUACAACUGCAAGAUUCGGAUUCAUCAUCGACUACCACUAGAACAGGUACUUCUACUACACCGACGUUGAAAAAAUCUGUGAAUACAACACAAACAUCUGCGAGAAGUCCAGUGAAUAGUGUCCACAGUAAUAAAAGUAAUUAUUCUGGUAUGUUGAUGAUGAACAGAAAUUUCAGAGGUACUUCUCCUUAUGUUCGUUUAAGUGGAGUUUCACGAGAUACUGACUUAUGAUGAAAUAAAGAAACUUGAUGAAUUCGUUUUUCCCUUGUUUAUGCCUUAUUAUUAUUACCAUGUUAAUUUUUUUAUACAUAGCGAACGUAUGCUCAUGGGUAUACUUUUUUUAAACAAUCAACCAUAUCAUUUUCACUAUUCACUUCUAUAAACAAUUUCCAAUUAGUAUUAUUUUGUUUCUUAUCUGUAUCUUUAAAAUAUGAUGAUCGGCAGUAUUACACCAUCCUCCAGUCUCCCUAUUUGUACAUAUGGAUAUAUACAAUCACCUUUUGUUAUAUGAUACACUGAUGCCUUAAUUUUUCGAGAGAAAUCAUUAUCAUUUCUUUAUCCUUAUGGGUUUUUUUUCACACUAUUUAUGCAGUAAAUUAGGUUUCUCUCUUAGCAGAUUUCUUAUACACCAUUUACACUUGCAAGCUGUAUCACAUACACACACAAACACAUAAGACAAACAUUUAUUUGAUAGUUUCCAUUGUACUACCUACUUUUUUCAUUCGAAAUUAUUUUAGAUGAUAUAAGAAGGAAUUUCAUUUUAUCCAAUUUUAAAACUUCCACUAGUGAAUAUACUACGACACACUGAUAAACUGUCUUUAUUAUUUUUGUCAGUUGACUUCUAUGAUUAUACAGUAAUUGAGAUAAUCUGUUUUCAUUGUUAGUUUAAUCCAGUGUUUUUUUCUAAUCAAAUUUGUAGGCGACAUUUCACCUCUUCUAUAUAACAUUUUGCCUUAUUAUGUAUAGUAUACAUGUCGUACUAUGUCAAACACUGUCUUGUUUAGUCUGGAAAUAAUAACGAUUUGGUGUCUAUUACUGAUUUCUUAUGUAUGUAGAGUAGGAUAGUAUUGAUUAUUCAAAUAUCUCUGCUCUUCUAACCUAUUCUUAUCGUUUGACAGUCCAAAGUAUGCUUGCCUAGAUAGAUUUAGUCUGUUCCGUUUGUGGAAUUACACCAAUCGUGUUAUGAUGUGUUUCAAGGCAAUCACCAUGUAUGAUUACUUGUCGAGUUGCUCAUGACAUUUCACUCUCUAAGGUUCUGGAUUAUUAGAUGAAUAUAAUACUUCCCUGAGUCAUUUUAAUUAUUGACUUGAUACAACCAAACUGGCAAGACAAUUUUCUGCCAAAACAUGUUUGAGGUCAGGAAGGACUCGUGAGAUACCUUUGCAAUGAUCAACAGUAAUGUAAAAAGAGUUUGAUAUAUGCCAUAUAUGCAUGAAACAAACGUUCAUUCUUACAGAAUGAACAGCAAGCAACAUCACAUUUUUCGACCUUAUUAUCCAUUUAUGAAGUCCUAACCAUAAUGUAUUUUGUAGUUUAACCGUAGAUAAUGAACUGUGAUGACCAUCAAUUGCACCUUCCAAUAAUUAUGUUUGAACUAGUUCAUUGAUACUAAAUAACUACUUUUUGGUGGAGAUUUGUUGUCUGAAAUGGAUGGUUUAGUCGUGGCGCUUUCAUCGUAGUUCUGAACGACAUCAACAAAAACUUCAGAUAGAAAAGAAAUGUUUGAAGUUCUCCACACAUGGCUCACAGCUUGUCAUGUGUAGAUCUCAACCUUGAUUGGCUAUUGUUGAUUUUGAACCUGUCAUCGUUUACUUCCUUAUUUUGAUUGUAUCUCCAGUUGAUUUGAUUCUUAGUCCUACAUUUGUCCAUGAUUUUUCUGAUUGGUUGGUGAAUUGGGUCGAUUUCACUGUGUUUAUUGACUGCUGGUUGACCUAAGUUUCAAAAAUUCCGUUGUUUUUAGGAUUGCCUUUAUCCAAGAUCUCAACAUUUUUUUCAGUCGAAUGUGUCCACAUUUGCUCAUAUGAGUCAUGGCGUUUGACUGCUAAUCGUUGUUCUUGCAGAUGAAGGUAAAGGGGACGUCCACUUGGUUCGAUGUAGUGUUUUUCGCAUUUGCAACAAUUUAUUUUGUAGAUGAUGUUCAAUUUUUCUUUUGUCAUUUCGUCCUCUGGUUUGCAUAGGAUUGAUUGAGGUUAUUUUUAGAGGGGUUUUGUGGAGAUUUUAGAAAUUUCACUGGUUAAAAUCAUGAGUCAAUUGAAGCUAGACCACCGUGGAAAACCUGGGAGCACGGGGCGGCCGUUCCGUUCUAUUAUGGGACCCCUCAGCAGUGCGCACCCACGACCUCGCCCCCUGCGGGAUUCGAACCCAGGACCUACUGGUUCCGCGCGCGAUCAGUUAACCACUAGACCACUAAGCCGGUAUACAACGGUGUUAAUGUCUAACUCCAACCAAUCCACGAAGUUGCGCCACCGUACACCAUUGUCUUCAGUGAGUUGAUAUCUCACAACAGACCUGGUUGAACUCCACGGGUUACGGCUUCUCUCUAGAACUCCAGGAGUAUUAUUUUGUUGGUUUGUGUACUACACCUAUUCCCAAAGGCUCCAACAAUCCGGUUGUAAUUUCUGAUAUAUCUUUUAUAUACAGUAAAACUUGUUUGUUGGUUUCUGUGUCCAGUCAUCUUACAGUAACACAUGAAUGAAUGCCAGUUGGGUCAACAAACAGAAAAACUCAUUGACUUGUGCUCAAUAAUCAAUCCCCACCACUAACAAUUAUACAGAGAAAUUAUGAUUUCAAGGAGCAUCUCAUUACUGUCUACAGGUAUGAUGCAAUGUUUUCAGUGGACACUCGAUCUAAUCAAUCUUACUGUUGUUUCAAUUCAAAUGGAUGAAUUAAAUUGGAGUUUAAUUCCCAGUCUCUUAGACCUCGUUAUAUGAUUUUGUAGAAAGCAUCAACAUUUUAACAACUUAAAAUAAUGGUAGAAAUAAUUAUAUUCAUUAAAUCCUGACAUAUACAAUUAUUGAUGGGAGCGACCGUAUAUAGCAAUUUCAGAUCAUCAGUGGACAGCUGGAGAAACUGUAUUACAAAGGUCCAACACAUAAUUUUAACUUUUGAAUAGACCCGCCCGGACAUCGAAGCAAGACACUUAGACAUUCCUACAGAUGUCACUCCACCAACGAUCGAAGAAAUCAGCAUGGACAUCAGAUAAAUCAAGAGUUGGAAAGCAACAGGACCUGACAAUAUACCAGCCGAAGCACUAAAGUCACACAAAGAAGUAACAGUAAACAUGCUACACGUUCUAUUCAGGAAGAUUUGGGAGGAAGAACAAGUCAGUCAGUCACAACAAAACAAGAAGAAGAACAAGUGUCACAGACAAACUGGAAAUAAAUAUAUCUCACCAAGUUUAUUUAUUAUAACACAUAAAUGUUGGUACAAGAGGGCACCAGAUAUAUAUGCGCCAAACAAAAUAAUGAGAAUUCGAAGAGAAAAAAGAACAAUAACGGACAGAUCAGUAUAAGGUAGUGUAAUAGUAAUAAAAGUAAUAAUGGGGGAAACGGAAAGGCACAAUCAGAAGAAAUCUUCCAGUUAAGGAAGAAACAACCAUUUUUUUUAUGAAGAAAGUAAGAGGUCACAGCAGGAUCGCCACUGGCUUCUAUUCUGAGCCAUAUCUGAUAACGUCUCUAGCCACUGUUGCACCAUCUCUCGGACCCCAGCCAGGGAAUCGUGAAAAACCGAUAGGAGCCAGCCCGUUGCAGCUUUCUUUCACACCCCGACACAAUGUCAUACACUGACCACCUCUCCGCUUUUCCCAACCAGUCCCAGUGUUGGAAAAUAAUGAACGACGAGGAAUUCUCUGGGACGACAUUCGGGUAACAUGUCCAAGCCACCGAAGUCGGUGUUUCAAGAUGGUGGCACCAAUUGAAUUAUCAUCUCUGUGCCCGAACACACGAUGCUAAACCUCUGCAUUACUGAC